GCUUUACCUGGACUUUUUUUCCCAAUUUUUUUUAAAAGACCCCCCCCUUGUUAGGGUUUGUGAGAAAUUUAAAAAGGGGAAAAAAAUCACAGGAGGGGAGGGAGAAAUAUGAGGGCUUGGAAUUCCUCCAUUUUGUCUUCGCGGGGUGUGAGGGCUUUUAGAGGCGCUCCGACCAGGGGUUAGAGUUUUUGUGCGUUUUUUCUUACCAAAAAACCGCAGCUUUCUCGUUUGUUUUCCCUGAUUUUUCCGUAUUUCCCGGCUUUUCUCGCGGAUUUCGGGAAUUUACCGGUGAAAUUCGGAAAAAAAAAGGAAUUUUGGGAAGGGACUGGUGGCCGGGGCACGUAAUUUCUAGGGUUUAUUUGCUGCAUCUUGAUAAGGGUAGGGUUAUUUUUACUGCUGCCGUUUUUUUUAAUAUCGUAUUAAGGUUAGGGUUUUAGGAUUUUCUGUUAGUAUCUUGCUUUUGUUUUCCACCUGGUUAUUUGUACUGUAAAUUAUGUCUUGCUGCUGCUGUAAUUUGGAGUUAAUGAGCUGAUUUCGGAGCCUAGGGUUUAUGGUUUCUGAGAAUUCUUCCUUACUGUUAGAGUUCUGGAGCUUGUAAAGGAGAUGCUCUUGGUAAAAAUCGGAUCUUUGUACUGUUUUCUUUCCUGAUCUUGUUGUUGGUCGCGGGAACAGAGCAAAAUUCAAGUCUUUCGUGAAAAAAAUUUCUUCUACUGAAAAAGAGGACUGGAGUGUGUUUCUACUAGAUUUUAACUGGAAUUCUUGGUGUUGGGGCUGCGAUUGAGCUCGAAUCUCAGAUAACGGUGUUUAAAGUUUCCUUUUGGGUGAAUGGAAGUAAGAUCUGAGACUGGAAUCAUGUCUGGGAGGGAAUCGUUUAACGUAGGUAUGCAGAAAAGUCCUGUCCAGUCCCAGCCAUCGAUGCAGAGCAUGCGAUUGGCCUACACUCCAGACGGAACGGCGAUCUACAAGCCGAUCACCACUAGCUCUCCUCCGCCUCAACCUUAUCAAGGAGGAGGAGGAGGAGGAACAGCAGCAGGAGGAGGAGGAGGAGGAGGGAGCACCGGAGGCGGCGAUGGACCCUCGCCAGCGGCGAUCACACCACAUGGCCUGAACAUCAACAUGGGAGAGCCGAUGAAACGGAAGCGAGGGCGGCCGAGGAAGUACGGGCCUGAUGGUACCAUGGCUCUCGCAUUGACCACUACAUCUCCAACUGCAGCAGUCUCCCCUGGUUCAGGAGGGUUCACUCAUUCCUCUACUGGGGCAGGGAACCUGGCGUCAUCGGCCUCGGCGGAGGCCAUGAAGAAAGCAAGAGGCCGGCCGCCUGGCUCUGGCAAGAAGCAGCAGAUGGCUGCUCUGGGAUCGGCAGGGAUUGGAUUUACACCUCAUGUAAUUACAGUGAAAGCGGGAGAGGAUGUGUCGUCUAAGAUCAUGUCAUUUUCUCAGCAUGGACCACGUGCAGUUUGCAUCCUUUCAGCAAAUGGUGCUAUAUCUAACGUGACUCUUCGUCAGGCAGCAACUUCUGGUGGAACAGUAACUUAUGAGGGCCGAUUUGAGAUAUUGUCACUAUCUGGUUCAUUUUUGCUGUCAGAGAGUGGCGGUCAGCGUAGUCGAACAGGUGGUCUGAGUGUUUCGCUGGCAGGCCCGGAUGGCCGUGUUUUAGGUGGUGGAGUGGCAGGCCUAUUAACAGCAGCAUCCCCGGUCCAGGUUGUGGUGGGCAGUUUUAUAGCUGAUGGGAAGAAAGAGCCGAAGCAGAUGACUCCUUCAGAUCCUGCGUCGGCUCCUGGAAAGCUUGCCCCUGGUGGGACAACGGGUGCCAACAGUCCACCGUCACGAGGCACACUGAGUGAAUCCUCCGGCGGGCCUGGAAGCCCAUUGAACCAGAGCACAGGCACCUGCAAUAACAGCAACCAACAGGGCUUGUCUAACAUGCCGUGGAAAUGACUCAUUUAAGCUGUGAUGCUUCUUGUAAUCUUAAUUCCAAUCGAACCUCUUGUUCCUUCAUAUCUUUUUUUGUGUAACUUAGCUGAGCUAGUACUUCUCCCACUAUCUUGUAUCGGUUUAGAGAGAGUCAUCUAGUUUUCACGGAGCUUUUGUUGUAUCUUUCUAGCUGUAUGCUGUUUUAUUGAUGUGUCUUAAGGUGUUGUACGGUAACAUUCCCAUCCAUCAAUAUCGUCAAUGUGUGUUCGACCGCCCCUUGUUGUC